AUGGAAAAUAGGAACUGGUCGGAUCUUCCUCUUGAGCUCUUAGCAACAAUUGCAGAAAGUUUAGGCAUAAUCGAGCUUCUCAGUUUCCGCAGUGUCUGCAAGGAUUGGAGUUCUGCUUCUGCCACCGCUUCUGCUCAGAUUGAGUCCUCAAAAGAAGCUUGGUUUCUUGUCUAUGGCGAAAGCCCCACUUGCGAAUGCCUUUUGGUGAGCAACUCCGGCGAAAAGCACAGCAUCCAUAUCCCAGAUCUGAUUGGAUCAUCAACAACUUGCCUUGCAUCAACCCAUGGCUGGCUUCUUCUGUUCCAGAACGGCGGCUCAAUCUUCUUCUUCUGCCCCUUCUCCCGCGCCAAAAUUCACCUCCCCAAGCUCCCUUUCUCGGAAAUCACCGACCAUGUCGCCACAUUUUCGUCGCCCCCCACCUCUGAAAACUGCGUCGUUGCUGUCAUCAGCCGGAGCAGUGAAUCAGAAGAGCUGGAAGUCAACAUGCUUCAACGUGGGGCUGACGCGUGGACCAAUCACAAGACCUCUUGUCCACUGGCGGCGUUGGGUGCAGUGAAAGGUGCGGCUUUUUAUGAGGGAUGUUUCAGCUUUUUUGACAGCGUGGACAAGCUUGUCAGAUUUUAUGUUGAAAGCCAGGACUGGGGGUUUUUCCGGUUAGCCGUUGCUCCGAGAGAGAAGCGGCCACCGGAAGCGAAUGGUCUAGAAUUUAUUCCCAGAAGGAAGCAAUUUGUGAGUUUGGGGAUGGACAAACGAUUGGGUUUGUCGGAGGAUGUGUCCAUUUCUACUUGUGGGACACAGGUGUCUUUUUGCAAUGUUGACGAGGUUUUGUUUUGUGAGACCAUUGAUGCUGCUGAGAGCUCCAAAACCAGUCAUCUUAAAGGGGUGUGGAUCCAGCCCAGAUUUUUCCAAGUCUCUCCAACUCAGAGCUGGUGA